AUGCAGCCGUCUCCGUCUGCGGCGUCGCGGGUGCCCCCCGGGUUCGCCCGGCCGCUGACUGUGGGCGAAAUUCCCCUGAUGGCUGGCAGCAGCCACAACAAACAUCCUGAGGCUCCUCGGAAGUCGAAAGCAACAUAUACAAUGCUGCUGCCGAGCAGCAGCAGCAGCAGCGCAGCAGCAGGGCUGCGGGGUUACCACGGGCUGCGCUUCCUGCGCCUGAAGCGGCUCUACAGCCGCCAGCUGCUGCAGCGCUACUGCCUGCUGCUGUCCGUGGCAGCAGUGGGGCUGCUGCUGCUGCUAUGGCGGCAGGUGACCCUGCCUCUGCUGCAGCAGCUGCAGCAGCUGCGCCACCAGGGGCCCCUCUUCACCUCCCCCGAAGACAGGGCCCGCUGUGAGGCCCUUCAGGGGGCCCCCCGGGUGUACGUACAGGGGGCCCUGGUGAGUCUGGCGAGUGCGGGGCGGCGGGAGCUGCUGCAGGACCUGUGGGGCGCGCAGCGGCGGCGAGGCGCAGCAGCAGCAGCAGCAGCAGCAGCAGCGCCGCUGACGCUGCAGCAGCACGACGGGCUGAUGGCCUUCUUCGAAAGCCUCGCGAAGGCCCUGCAGCUGAAGCGGGUCCAGUGGGCCCUGGGGGGCCCCACACUUGUGGGAUCUCUCAGCCGCCACAGCUUGCUGCGGGAAGAAAAAGAAAUAAAUCUUUUAAUUUCCGAAAAAGAUAAAAAGAAAGUUCGAGAAGCCUGCAGCAUCUUCGACCCCAGCAGCGAGCUGCUGCGGCCCCAGGCCUACUUCCCCCAGGCCCUCCUCGCCUGGCUCGCAGCCACCAAGGCCAAACCCAAGUUUGAAGAGCAGGCGGUGAACUCCCCCUACGGGUUGAUAACUCUGGACACUUCUGCUGCUGCUGAUCAUUUGUCUUUUCCUGAACUUCGAGUUCGGAUUUAUUGGUUUAAAGAAGUUCGAGAAAAGCCCCCUGGAGCUGCUGCAGACUGGGAGCCUUAUGCGGAGAUAACAGCAGCGCCAGCAGCAGCAGCAGCAGCAGCAGCGGGAGCAGCAGCAGCAAGGCCCACUGUCCCGCUGCAGCAGCUGCUGCCAUUCGUUGACAGGCCUCUCGGUCUGCUUUCUGUGCCAGCCCCCAAAAACCCUUUGUUUUACCUCAACAGGUUUUACAACAGUUCAGAUCCUUUUUGUGCUGCGCUGCAGCAGCAGCAGGAAGAAGCUGCUGCUGCUGCUGGUGCUGCAGCUGCAGCACCAGGGGCCGCCGGCGGCGCCGCCGACAGCGCCGCCAGCAACAGCUGGGGCUUCCUUUCCUACCUGCGGCUGCCCUUCAACCAGUGCAGCAGCAGCAGCAGCAGCAGCAGCAGCGGGACCUCAAAACCUACUGUUAGGCUUUCUCCAAUUUCUGAAAACUGCCUCAAAGAGUCUUUCUAUUUCGGCGGGGAGCUGCAGCUCGAAGUCUACACGAGGUGUACGUACACCCCAGCCCCGGGAUUCGCCACCUGGGUUCCCACCAUCUGGAGACGCUGA